CUGACUGGCGGCACUGACUGGCACAACUGCUGGGCACUGACUGGUGGCACUGACUGGCACAACCGCUGGGCACUGACUGGUGGCACUGACUGGCAGCACUGCUGGGCUGCACUGGUGGGUGGCACUGGUGGGCAGCACUGGUGGGUGGGCACAGGUGGGUGGCACUGGUGGGCACAGGUGGGUGGGCACAGGUGGGUGGCACUGCUGGGCACAGGUAGGUGGCACUUCUGGGCACAGGUGUGUGACACUGCAGAGUGGCACAGGUGGGUGCACUGCUGGGCACAGGUGGGUGAUCUGCUGGGCACAGGUGGGUGGAGCUAGUGGGCGCACUGCUGGGCACAGGUGGGCGAAACUUGUGGGUGCAACUGCUGGGCACCGAUCAUCAGGGCACUGAUCAUCAGUGCCCUGAUGAUUGGUGCCGAUCCUCGCUCUGACAACUGCUGGUUCUCGGCAGUACUUUCCUCACGAUCUGACAGCGUGAGGAAACGUGUCAUUGGACACGGCUGAUCA